GAGCGGAGCUCCGUGGCCGGCCGGCGGAGGCGGAGGCGGCCGGGUGGGCUCCGGCGGGGGCCGCCGCCUCUCCGGGGAGCCGAGCGAGCCGCCAGAUGAUCGGGAGGCGCUCCCUGCUCGGCCUCACCUUUUGCACCUGCUACCUGGCUUCUCACCUCACGAACAAGUAUGUCCUGUCUGUCCUGAAAUUUACCUACCCUACGUUAUUCCAAGGGUGGCAGACACUCCUCGGUGGACUUCUGCUUCACGUGUCCUGGAAACUGGGCUGGGUGGAGAUCAACAGCAGCUUGAGAUCUAAUGUUUUGGCAUGGCUUCCUGCUUCAGUGCUGUUCGUGGGUAUAAUCUACGCAGGGUCCAGAGCUUUGUCCAGAUUGGCUGUUCCUGUGUUUUUCAUUUUGCAUAAUGUAGCUGAAGUUCUCGUCUGCGGGUACCAGAAGUGUGUCUGGAAAGAGAAAACAUCGCCCACAAAGAUCUGUAGUUUCCUCUUCCUCGUGGCUGCUGCAGGGUGCCUUCCCUUCCAGGACGCGCAGUUUGAUCCAGAUGGCUAUUUUUGGGCUGUAAUUCACUUAUUUUGUGUAGGGGCUUACAAAAUACUUCGGAAAUCCCAGAAGCCCAGCGUGUUAAGUGACAUUGACCAGCAGUAUUUAAACUAUAUAUUCAGCGUGGCACUCCUGGUAUUUGCGUCUCAUCCCACAGGUGACCUCUUCAGUGCCCUGGACUUUCCAUUCCUGUAUUUCUACAGAUUCCACGGCAGCUGCUGCGCCAGCGGAGUUUUAGGAUUCUUUCUCAUGCUCAGCACAGUAAAGCUGAGAAGCAUUCUGGCCCCAGGGCAGUGUGCAGCCUGGAUUUUCUUUGCUAAGGUGACCACAGCUGCCUUGUCACUGGUGCUGUUUGAUGUGAUCCUGACCCGUGCAGCUGUGGGAUGCUUCCUGCUUGGUGGACUUGGCGAGGCCCUGCUGGUUUUCUCAGAGCGGAGGAGUUCCUGAUGAAGAUGGGCAGGAAAAGCAAACACGCACCUUGCUGCUGGAGCAGAACACAGCACUCUGGCCUCCCUCUUGAGAGACAGAGAAGGAACACACCGCAGAGAGACCAAGCUGAACUCAGUGUUUGCUGAUGAUCCAAACACCCCGCUUUCUCAUUGCUUGGGGGAGGGUUCCCCAGGGGCCCCUGCACCGCUGCAGAGAAAGGGUCCAUCUCACAUCUGCCCAUGCCGGACCAUCUCCACUCUGCUGCACCCAGUCUUGCAGUCAGGAAGCAGAGGAUCCUAACGGGCUGGCUGCCUCAUCUGGACGGACCGUAGCCUCCCGCACUAAGUCCGCCUUCCACCAGACACCAGUUGCGGUCACAGUCCCAUGCAGCCUUGUUGCAUUUUUCUCAUGUCGUUUUGUGUCUUUACAUCUUGGAGUUUCUUCUGUUCUUUGAUUUUUCUGGUUUACCUGGAGCCCAUACCACCCACAGAAAACAAGACUUGUAUGCUCCUGAGGGCCAUGUAGGGCAGGGCAGGUAUGGGGGCUGAGCCGGGGUUCUGGACCAAGUGAGACACCAGGAAAAACCUUUAGACUGUGUUCUGAGUGGAGGCCUUUUGACUGAUGUUGAUUUAUUUCCAGCUUCUAAAUUUUUCUUGGUUCUUGUGAAUUUGUCAGGAUGUGUUGAAUUCUGUAGACCCUUGACCACCAUUAGGUUAAGCUGGUGACUAACCAGUUACCUGAAGCCUUUUAAGUACUGGGUGGGUCUUAAACACCCCACCUGCUCUGCCUCCUGAGUGCCGAGACUGCAGGCAAUUCUUGAAUACAUGGAAUGGCUUCACAUCUCAGACGAGGUCUCAAGGCACUGAACCCGGGUUUUCUCUCUCACACCAGAUGAAAUGAUUGGAGCGAAGCCCACACCUUACCACCAGAGAAGAAACUACACAAACAGUCACUUAAGGAAGUCAUGUUUCAGUGUAGAUAUCUCUUCUCACUGAUUUUACAAAUACUUGAUUCUGGCAAGUGCCGCAGGGUUUUGGUCAUACUGAGGUCACUUCACCAGCCCUGAAGUCAUUGUUAGGGACCCUUGGGGCUCUGGGAACGUGUCCCAGGCUCAGUCCGAGGAAGGAUAAAGUCAGCUCCAUUAUGGCUGAAUGUUUUCUCCGACUUGUUGGAAAACAAAGAAAAUGAAACAAUAGAAUAGAUUUAUGUAUUAAGAAUGUGAGGAUCUUUAGCUCAUGUCUUUUUCUGGCCUCUGCUUAUCAUUUAAGGUAAAAAUGUUCCAAGACUUAAUGCUUAUAUAGUUUGCAAUUCACUUUCUUAGAGUAUUUUUUAGGUUGUUUGUUCUAUUAUUUUAUAUGCACUGUGCACCAUGUGUAUGCCUGGUACCUGUGGAGGUCAGAAGAGGGCAUCGGAUCCACAA